GUUGUUUUCUGGCAGCACUGGUAGUUUUUGCAAAAAUAUUCAGUCGUCACGUCAAUCAAAUAAUAUAGGAGAGUUUUAAUGUGUGGAUAAACAAAAUCUGAUAACAAAUUGCAGGCGAAGCAUAACAUAUAAAAGCAGAUCUCUCACAUAAUGGAAGCCUUAAUUCCAGUUAUAAACAAAUUGCAAGAUGUCUUCAAUACCGUGGGCUCUGACUCAAUACAAUUGCCGCAAAUUGUUGUACUCGGCAGUCAGAGUUCGGGAAAGAGUUCCGUUAUCGAGAGUGUUGUUGGACGUUCAUUUCUACCACGUGGAACGGGCAUAGUAACGCGACGUCCACUUAUUCUGCAAUUGAUCUACUGUCCACUAGAGGAUCGGGAGCAUCGUUCGGCUGAGAAUGGCACAUCCAAUGCUGAGGAAUGGGGACGCUUUCUGCACUCAAAGAAAUGCUACACAGAUUUCAAUGAAAUCCGUAACGAGAUUGACAAUGAAACGGAACGUGCUGCUGGAAAUAAUAAAGGCAUUUGCCCGGAGCCCAUUAACUUAAAGAUAUUCUCCACUCGUGUGGUCAAUUUGACGCUGGUGGAUUUACCUGGCAUAACAAAAGUGCCAGUUGGUGAUCAACCUGAAGAUAUUGAGUCGCAAAUCAAAGAAUUGGUUGUCAAAUACAUUGAGAAUCCCAAUUCAAUUAUAUUGGCUGUGACUGCGGCGAAUACGGAUAUGGCCACUAGCGAGGCCCUUAAAUUGGCCAAAGAUGUCGAUCCCGAUGGCAGGCGGACAUUGGCUGUGGUAACCAAAUUGGAUCUAAUGGAUGCUGGCACCGAUGCCAUUGAUAUUCUCUGUGGUCGUGUCAUCCCCGUCAAAUUGGGCAUAAUCGGUGUUAUGAAUCGCUCCCAACAGGAUAUUAUUGAUAAGAAGAAUAUCGAUGACCAAAUGAAGGAUGAGGCGGUAUUUUUACAACGCAAAUAUCCAACUUUAGCCACUCGCAAUGGUACACCAUAUUUGGCCAAGACCCUAAACCGUUUGCUAAUGCAUCACAUUAGAGAUUGCCUGCCUGAUUUAAAGACCCGCGUUAACAUAAUGGCCACACAAUUCCAAUCCCUACUCAAUUCCUAUGGCGAAGAUGUUUCGGAUAAGAGUCAAACACUUUUGCAAAUAAUCACGAAAUUCGCAAGUGCUUAUUGCUCUACCAUUGAGGGCACAGCCAGAAAUAUUGAGACUACGGAAUUAUGCGGCGGUGCUCGAAUCUGUUAUAUAUUCCAUGAGACAUUUGGACGCACAUUGGACUCUAUACACCCGCUGGCGGGUUUAAGUAAAAUGGAUAUACUAACUGCCAUAAGAAAUGCCACUGGCCCCAGGCCAGCACUCUUUGUGCCGGAAGUUUCUUUUGAAUUGCUCGUUAAAAGACAAAUUCGUCGUCUCGAGGAGCCUUCGUUGCGUUGUGUGGAACUGAUCCAUGAGGAAAUGCAACGCAUUGUCCAGCAUUGUGGCAAUGAAGUUCAGCAGGAGAUGUUACGUUUCCCUAAAUUGCAUGAGAAGAUUGUGGAUGUGGUUACUCAAUUGCUGCGUCGUCGUUUGCCAGCCACAAAUGUUAUGGUCGAGAAUAUUGUGGCCAUUGAGUUGGCCUAUAUAAAUACCAAACAUCCAGAUUUUCAUAAAGAUGCUGCUUUGGUGCCCAGUCUAUUGAAAACAGAUAAUGAUCCCUAUUCCCAAAUGAAUAUGGGUCAACGUCGGGGCAAUCCCAAUACACCUCGCAACCAUAUGUCACCUCAGGUAUCCCAAAAUACAUCAGCUGCCCAGAUGCAGCAGCAGCAACAACAACAACAGCAGCAACAGCAAGCGCAACAAAAUGACGGACAUGAUCAGAAUCACAAUGGUGAUAGCGCGACUUCUACUUGGUUGUCAAAUAUCUUGCCGCCGGCACCCACACGUCCCGAUAGCAUUGAGAAUUCAGCUAGCAAUACGCCAAUUCACAAUAAUAUUGUUAGUCCGGUGAAACCGGUUAAUUUCCUGCCCGAUGUGCCAGCAAAUCAUAAUCCGAGACGGCUGACUGAUAAGGAACAAAAAGAUUGUGAUGUCAUUGAGCGUCUGAUCAAAUCGUAUUUCUAUAUAGUGCGCAAAUCUAUACAAGACUCUGUACCAAAGGCCAUAAUGCAUUUUUUGGUUAAUUAUGUUAAGGAUAAUUUGCAAAGUGAAUUGGUAACGCAUCUGUAUAAAUCUGAUAGAGCCGAAACCCUAUUAAAUGAGUCCGAUCAUAUUGCGGUUAGAAGGAAAGAAGCUGCCGAUAUGUUAAAGGCUCUGACCAAUGCAAAUCACAUUAUUAGCGAAAUACGCGAGACUCAUAUGUGGUAGAGUACUUGGAUAGCAAGUGAUAGAUUGGAUGUUAUAUGGAGCCCACUUCGACUUAAUUAUCUCCACAGCAUAACAUACAAGCAAAAUACAUGCAUAUUUAUUAAAAGAAAAAUCAAACCACACUCAAAACUUAGUCCCAUUUGUUAAAUGUUUCUAACAAAAUGAAAACACAAAAGUAUCACCAAAUUGCAUGCACCCUCUGUGUCCCGCCUAUCAUACGCAUUACAUAUAUGUAUUUAAUGAAUGAAACAAAAUAUACUUUUGUCGUUUGUCUUAAUUUUAAGUCGGUGUGAACCUGAAAUUAGCAUUUUUUCAAAACUCAUUAUCAUUCAACCAUAUCCUGUUUCACAUUUGUUUCAAUUAUAGCAAUUUGUUUGGACUUGUUUGCGAAAAAAAACUGCACUUAUUAUGAUACAUUUUUCCAGAAUAGUCAAAUACCAAUGAAAAGAACAAGUUGAAUAAAACUAUAUACAAGAAAACGGA